UGUACAGAUCUUUGAGCUGUACCUCCCUCCACGCUACAUGGUUUGUCCCUAUCACCUGAGAGGACGAAUGAAGCCAGGCGGCUCAUGACGCGAGGAGGUCCGCUCCAUAAAUACUAUCACGAGACUGCGAGUCGUCCUGCGUUUGCAUUGAGCAGACCUGAAGCCAGACAACAACAGAGAAACUAAAAAUGAUGAACGGAGAGAUAAACGGUUACCACAACUCACUUAUUGAGGAGGACUGCUUCUUGUUUACAUCGGAAUCUGUUGGAGAAGGGCAUCCAGAUAAGAUAUGUGACCAGAUCAGUGAUGCUGUGCUGGACGCUCACCUGAAGCAAGACCCCGAUGCAAAAGUAGCUUGUGAAACUGUAGCCAAGACUGGAAUGAUCUUGCUGGCAGGAGAGGUGACGUCCCGUGCGAUUGUAGACUAUCAGAAGGUGGUCCGUGACACUAUUAAACACAUUGGAUAUGACGACUCAUCCAAGGGCUUUGAUUACAAGACCUGUAAUGUCCUGGUGGCUCUGGAACAGCAGUCUCCAGACAUCGCCCAGGGCGUGCAUUUGGACCGCAGUGAAGAGGAUAUUGGUGCGGGUGACCAGGGUCUAAUGUUUGGAUAUGCCACUGAUGAAACUGAGGAAUGCAUGCCACUCACUAUUGUCCUUGCUCACAAGCUCAAUGCCAAGAUGGCUGAACUGCGCCGUAAUGGCACCCUGCCUUGGCUCCGCCCAGACUCCAAGACUCAGGUUACUGUGCUGUACAGACAGGAUCGUGGUGCCAUGCUGCCAGUCCGUGUCCACACUAUCGUGGUAUCUGUACAGCAUGAUGAAGACAUCUGUCUGGAUGAAAUGCGUGAUGCGCUUAAAGAUAAAGUAAUCAAAGCUGUGGUUCCCAGUAUGUAUCUGGAUGACGAUACCAUCUACCACUUACAGCCCAGUGGUCGCUUUGUCAUUGGAGGCCCUCAGGGUGAUGCUGGCCUGACUGGACGUAAGAUUAUUGUCGAUACCUACGGAGGCUGGGGUGCCCAUGGUGGAGGAGCGUUCUCUGGAAAGGACUACACUAAAGUGGACCGAUCGGCUGCAUACGCUGCCCGCUGGGUGGCCAAGUCUCUAGUAAAGGCUAAACUCUGCAGGCGUGUUCUUGUGCAGGUUUCAUAUGCCAUUGGAGUGGUCCAUCCUCUUUCCAUUUCCAUCUUCCACUAUGGCACAUCCCAAAAGAGUGAACAGGAACUGCUUAAGGUUGUCAAGAAGAACUUUGAUCUUCGUCCUGGAGUCAUUGUGAGGGAGCUGGAGCUGAAGAAGCCCACAUAUCAGAAGACGGCGGCCUACGGUCACUUUGGCCGCGACUCUUUCACCUGGGAAGUGCCCAGAAAGCUGCACUACUAAACCGUUUGUCAAGCUUUUCCUCUCCAGGCCUGUUGGCGUAUAUUACAGAGAUGCCCACAUGGCUUAUGGGGAGAAGUAUUAUUCUGGUAAACGAAAGUCCUGCUGGUUUAGCUGCCCAUCUUAUUUAAGAAGUCACCCUCAUAUUUUUCAUUACCAUAUUUCAUCAACCAUUUACACACUCUAUGUUAAAAUCAAAAUUAUUUUUGUUUUUCAAAGGUAAUUAUGGUUCAUUAGCAUUAGGGUAAAGCAAAUGUACUACUUAGAUUAACAUAAUAGUUUUAAAUGUAAGAAUUGUGAACUGGUUGACCAGUAUUAAUUAAGGCACCUGGUUUUACACAGUUAUAUCCAGCCCUUCAACACUGUUUUAUAGCAUUCCCUAUGACUUUUAACACUUUUAAACAAUGUGCAUUAUUUAUUUGUGCUUUCAAUUAUGCAUAUCUGAUGCAAUCUGUAAUUUGGAGGUCAACUGUUGGGAAGAACAAUUACUCUGUAUGUUGAUGUAUACUUGAUUGACAAUUCAGUUUUCCUGUCCUAGUGUUCUGUGGUUCCAAAGUGUCCUACAGAAAAACUUUGGAAACCAGCCACAAGGGAGUAACUGAUUGCUGCAGUGCCUGGAUAUGCAGUGCCAUCUAUUUUGGCCAAUACUAUUGCAUUCAUUGAUUUUUGUUCACUGUUUUUGUCUCUUUCCUCUUCCUCCUUUGAACAGAGAGAUUGCAAAUUUUGGCUGUUAUUGUACAGAGAAAGUAGCCUUGUUUACACGUGCUCUCUCAUUCUCUCUACCUUCCUUGAUUUUAUUUUUUAUUUAUUUUUAACAAUAAAAUGUUUUCCAGUA